UGCUCCGCGCUCUGCCCCGCUCCCAACCCCCCCUCCCCGGACCCCCUGAAGCCUGUGCCUGCUCGUUCACCAUCCCGGCUCCCUUCCUACUCUUUCCACCCGCGAGCGUUAAAAAAGAAAAAAAAAUGACGGGCAUCGCCGCCGCUUCUUUCUUCUCUAAUUCCUGCAGGUUCGGGGGCUGCGGUCUGCAGUUCGAGUCUCUCGCCGAGCUCAUCGUCCAUAUCGAGGACAUUCACAUCGACACGGAUCCGAGGGUUCUGGAGAAGCAGGAGCAACAGCAGCCCACAUACCUCGCCCUAAGCUACAUCAACAGGUUCAUGACGGACGCAGCACGCCGCGAGCAGGAAACCCUGAAGAAGAAGGCCACGCCCAAGCUGUCCCUUUCAAUCACCGGCGGCAUUUCCAGGAACAGCACGGCCACGCCGCCACGCCACACCAGCGGCAACCUGACGCCUCCCGUCACGCCCCCCAUCACCCCGUCCUCCUCAUUCCGCAGCAGCACACCUACAGGCAGCGAGUAUGACGAGGAGGAGGUAGACUACGAGGAGUCAGACAGCGACGAGUCGUGGACCACAGAAAGCGCCAUCAGCUCCGAGUCCAUCCUGAGCUCCAUGUGCAUGAACGGUGGCGAGGAGAAGCCGUUCGCCUGCCCCGUCCCGGGAUGUAAGAAGAGAUACAAGAACGUGAACGGCAUCAAAUACCACGCCAAGAACGGCCACCGCACACAGAUCCGUGUGAGGAAACCCUUCAAGUGUCGCUGCGGAAAGAGCUACAAAACGUCGCAGGGUCUGCGGCACCACACCAUCAACUUCCACCCGCCCGUCUCAACCGAGAUCCUCCGCAAGAUUCAAGGCUAGAAGCUGCGGGCUCCAACCAGUCCGCUACCCCCAAAACAUGAGCCCUGUCCCCGACCCUCCUUACAUCCCAAACACUAAAGGAUCAAGUGCAUGCUUUAAAUUUUUUUUUUCUAUGUUUUGUCACUUUUCUUUUUUUUUUUGCAUUACUCUUUUAUCCUAUCCACAUAUUAUCACUUGUAUUAUUUUCUUUGAAAAACAAAAAUGUAUCUUUGUAGUAUUUUUUUAUUGACGUACAUUUGCACAUUCGUAUAUGCUAUCAUUUUAUUAUUAUUAUUAUUAUUAUUUUUCAACUGUUUUACUUGCAUAAGGUGCUAACUGUAAAAAACAACAGAAAGAAAAGACAAAAAAACAAAGGAUGCGGGAAAAAGUGGAGACCUUUUGAAAAAAA